UUCUUAAGACGCAAAAUUCUACUCCUGGUUUCCUGACGUUCUCUUUAAAACGCAUCGGUGGGGUUAUUACAAUUCGAAAAAUCAAAAUAUUGACAGGUUGAACAAAAAUUUUCCAAUCUUCAACUAAAUAAAGAUAAAUUUUCGUGUGUGCUCUGAAAAAGUGAAAAAUAAAUAUAAACCGUAUAUAUGAUGCUUGUUUCUGUUAGUUUUGCAAUUAUAAUUUUUUAACUCGGGUCUCUUUUGCAAUGUGUUUGUUAUGCUAUUUUCGAAGAAUGGAAAUGAAAAACUCCGCAUAACUCUGUUAUAAGUAUCCGUAAACAGUUUCCAUUUCCACGCCCAUAUGUAAUUUAUACACUGCGUCGUUAGUUCCUCUUUAUGGUUAAAUUUUAUUUUAUCACUGAAAGACUACGACACGACGGCGAAAGGAACGAUUUUUAUUUUAGUAUAUAUUAAAUAGGAUUCUGGUCAAUCUGCCACGUAUUUUAUAUUUUUGUUUUUCUUCGUUCUAUAUUGUUAAAAAAGUAGAAGAAUUUCAAUUUAAUAUAUCGUCGGAAUCGGGUUGGGUUUGUGCAGUGUGUUAACCUUCAUAACGAUCACUUUGUAUUGAUGUAAAUACCAACUUAAAAGUAUACGUAACUUUUGUGGCACUACAAUACGCUGGCUGUCGUUUUUAUUUUUUUUUUAAUUCCUAUUCCUGAUCUGAAAUUUUCUUAAAAUAUGGCUAAACGAGUGGAAACCAAAUAAUACAAAACAAAAUCAAAACAAAUGAGCAACAUUCGAAGGGUGGAAAGAUCUGAAAGCUGUGACAAAUGAAUUAAUAACAAAAAGAAAAACAUAAUAGUGUCAGCACUGUGAGAAAUAAAGUUUUAAAAUGUCUUCUAACACAAACAAACCGAUUUUGAACAUCAAUGGUGUUGUACUCCAUGGAUACCUUAAGAAGUUAAAAACAAUGAAAAAAAAGUAUUUUGUACUUUACGAAGAAUGCGGAAAAUCUCCAGCACGUUUAGAAUAUUAUGACAACGAAAAGAAAUUCAAAUCCAAAGUUAAUCCAAAACGGUCUAUAACACUUAGUAGCUGUAUAAACAUUAAUCGCCGUUUAGACACCAAACACGAUUUUGUUAUAACAUUGUCUACAAAAGAUGAUGGUUUUGGUAUUGUUUUGGAUUCCGAAGAUGAAAUGAAUAAUUGGCUUCGAUCAAUGCUCAAACUUCAAACUGGACCAAAUAUAUUUGCAGAUCCACCGAAACCAUACUAUGAGCAUGUAUGGCAAGUUGUGGUCCAAAGAAAAGGUUUGGCUGAGAAAAAGGGCAUUUUGGGGAGUUACCAUGUGUGUUUGUCGUCAAAGUCGGUAACUCUGAUACGUAUUGGCUCAGAACGUACAAAUAUUGGCGAACAGCGAGCUGCAGUUAUUGAAUUCUUUUUGACAUCAAUAAGGAGAUGUGGCGAUUCAAAGUGUUAUUUUUACAUGGAGGUUGGAAGACAUAGCAUGAUUGGAGCUGGUGAGCUUUGGAUGGAGACAAAAGACGCAUUGAUUGCUCAAAAUAUGCAUACCAUGAUUCUGAAUGUUAUGUCUACUAGUGGAGAUGAUUCGUAUGGCCCUAUGCGUAAGAGAUCAUCAUCAGCAACGGAAACAUCAAAGCCAGUUAAUAUUCUUCAACGCAGGCAGACUCAUUCUGGUGGUAAAACUAUAACUUCAUCGCCGAUAAGCACAUUAAAUCGCGAUCGAUGCGACAGCCUCCCAUCCUCGAGAAACCGAGCUAACACAGAAGGUGGAUACAACAAAUGCGAUAAUUCAUCAAUGCCUCCCUCAAGAACGAUGUCGUCCUUAAGUACCGUGCCAAGCCUAGCAUACAACAGACGUAGCCAUAGUCCUCCAAUCAACAAUAACGCCUCUGAAAGUGAUGGAUCAACAUUGAGUAUCGAUGAAACUGAUAGUAUGAAACACUGCCCAUCUACAGACGAAAGUCCGUGUUAUCCAUCAACACGUUUUUAUAAUUCUCAUUCUCCUGGGGGAGUAAUUCCUGAAGAAAACUGCGAUGAAUUUUGGUAUGCUGAAAAUAAAAAGCAAAAUGUUGUUACAUCAUCGAUGUUCAGCAAAUUGAAUAUUCAUGGUGGAAUGGAUUCCGAUGGCUGUUUAAAUUCUUCUUCUUCCAUUGAAAUCAGAAAAACCCUGCCUUCUAGUUCAAGAAAUCUAGCAGUCGAAACAGAAAGUCAAUAUAUGGACAUGGGUAACUCAAUGUCAGAGUAUAUGGAUAUGGGAAAUUCGUAUGGAAGUCAGUCUAUCGAGAAGGGUAACACUUCAAUCGCUUCCGCCGAAACAGUGUGCUGUGAUACAAAUUUAGCUAGUGCUGAAUGCAACAGCAUUUCGUACGGAAACAGUCGAACAUCAAGUUUCACAGAAGAAGGUGUUGAUGGUUAUGUUCAUAUGUCGCCUCAAAAUUCAGAUUAUGUUGAUAUGGAACAGUCUUUGAAAAAUAGGCGAACAUUUUCAUGCUCAAACCAAGCUACACGUAAUAACGUUUCAGGUAAUGCGUUAAAGGACAUGAGUUUUGCAGAAUAUUCCUUGGAAAAAAUCAACCCAAGUAUUUUGCCUGACGAAGAUGAAAUGAUUCCUCUUAAUGAAAGACCUCCACGUGCCUAUUCUGUUGGAAGUCGUAUGGAACACCAUAAUCAAAAGCUUCGCAUUGAAGUAAUAGCCAACUCCGAACAAAAUAACUGCCGAGUACGAGCGUUUUCUGUUGGCUCCCGGUCAAAAGUACCCCGUUGUGAUCUUCAACGUAAUAUAUUAUUGUCGAAUGCAGCAAAUAUAAAGAAACCAAACGUAUGCAAUAGCAAAACGUCAAUUGCUAGCCUCGACCCAACAUCAGAAAAUACAUCGAGAGGUAGAAAAUCUUCGAGUGCACCCCUUCUAAUACAUAAAAGUCAGAAUUCCGUUGAUAGAAUGGACGAUCUAAUGGAGAUCGAUUUUUCGAAAAAUUCAGGCAGUAGUUCUUCGAAUUCGCAUUCAUUGCAAUCGACAGGUGCCUCUUCCCCCUACAUAAAUGCUCCAAAAAGUAGCCAAUAUCGUAAUAGUAUUUUAAGCAGUUCACCUGGUCACAAUACUUUCACUAAUAAAUCACAUGACAACCGUUCAGAUCCAAUACAAAUUCGAAGAGAUAAUGGUUAUCUUGAAAUGAGACCUGUAAUUUAUUCACACAGCUCAGGUAGCUAUGAUGAACCCACAUUUUCAGUGCCAAAUCUAAGUGCAUCGCCAGAAAUAUCUGAAAGUCUGACACAUCGAAUGAAAUUGGAGGAUUCUGGAAAAAUCACAACUCCUGAUGGCUAUUUAGAAAUGUCAUGGAACGGCAACAAAAACAGCUCAAGCUUUAAAUCUUCGUCGCCAUCUUCUUCAUUAACAGAAAAGAAAAUAAAAAGUCAUCCGAAAAUGCAGUCUUUGGUGAACAAUCGAAGUCUAAUAACUGCAAGUAAUACUUCACAGCUUUCAAUUUUGCAGGAAAAAAAUACAUUAGCACAUUGCAGUCAAAAACCUUCAUUAAAUAAAUCUGAAACAGCUCAUCGCAAACGACUGACAGAGCAUAUGAAUAAUUCAUUCACGAUUUCUGAAGAAAAAACAAUCAACACUGAUUUAUCGGAAAAAUUCAAGAAUUUAUUAAAACAACUUUCCUUACAAAAUAAUUUGGAUUUGUCAAAUGUAAAAACUGACUUAUCAACCGCUGAUUACGAAUGCUACAACUACCUUCAUUUUUCUGCGUGUACUAAACAAAAUUCUUUGAAUAAUAAGGAUGAAAAGACUAUCCUAAGGUUACAAAACUCAAAAGAUGAUUACUGCCAACUAAAGGCAGAUACAAAUCAAUAUUUACAAAAAUCUAGUUCCUCAUAUACCAAGGUAGUGUCAGAUGACAGUAAUUGUAGUCUAAACAAAAACGACUCAUCAAUAAGCGAUGAAACAUCAGAAACUGAUAAAGAUAUAAAUCGAGCUUCAAAGUGUAAUCCCACAUCACCAUUUUCGCCAUCACUCCGCAAUCACCGUUUAAACAAUGCCAAUCGUCAAGCAAAGGGCUCAGGGUAUGAACUGUUGCAUAUCUGUAGUGACAGUUCGUUACAAACUAAGAAAAAUAUAUCGAGGCCGAGUUCGGUGAACAGUGACCGCAUUUUUUCUCUUGAAAACACACAAUAUCGUCCUAACUCUUUAAACAACGAUUGUUUACAAUCCAACUCAGUUUCAUCUUCAACGGCGGCUCUUUGUUUUUCAUCAUAUUUAUCUCAAAACAGCUGUGAUAACAGAAGCCAAGAAACACUCAAGUCUGAGUCCAUAAACAAUAACGACGAUAACAAACAAAAGAGUACAGGUUCUGUGUCUCCUUCAUCGAAAACCGUAGCCCUUUACCAACCGUCGACAAAUGCCGAACUAGGACUGCAUUAUGCAAGUCUCGAUUUACCCAUCAGUUCCACAAAAAAUUCCAAUAAAACUUUGUUUGGCGCUCUAAACAAUCCCGCGAGAACUUCAACUACAGAUGAUAAUUCUACACGCCUUAGCCCAAACACAAACCUAAGUACCAACACUUCUUCCCAGCAAUCUGCUUUCACCUACGCUAAAAUUGAUUUUAAUCAAUGCGAGAUUAAAAAGUUAAAAUCGGUAACACAAAACAACCUUUAGAAUAUUACGUACGAGUGUAUAAGGAUACAAAAUAGAAAAAAAAAAACUAGUUAAACAUCAAUGACUUCCAAAAAGAACUAACAAAACAAAUAUUUGUUAUUAAUUAUUACUCAAACCUAUAUCUGAUGGUGCAAAAACAUGUUAUUUUUGUUUCCAUACUCAGUGCAAUAUCGUCUUUUUUGUUUUAAUUUCAAAAAAAUAUAAAAUAUUAUAUAAGAACAAAGAACAAGAAAAAAGUAAACAAUCUUUUUAUAAAGUUAAAAACGUUAUUUUGUUUCUUUUUUUAUUUGUGAAAAAAAACAAAAAUAUUAAUUUGGAAUUUCAAUUUAUACACAAACAAAAAUACCCAAUUUAUUUAAUAUAGAAGUGUGGUUUUUAAAUUACAUUGUUCAAUUCUAGUUUUUUUGUUUUGAAUCCCAUAAUGUGAGUACAUAAAUGUAUAAUAUUUAAAUUCUAAAUAAAAAAGUAAUUAAUUUUAAA